UUGAAAGAUUUAAAAAGAAAUAUCGACAAUAGGCUACGACGAGAGAGUUGCGUACAAUUUAACGGGCAUUAUUUCAAUUAACGCUUCUUAUGUUAGUCUUAUGCCAGACGUCAUCGAUAGAAAUUCUAACGUAAAUUCGAUUCUUUCUAUCCGAGUGUUCGUAAAAUUCUACAAAACCAAAAUGGAUUACAUAUCAACAAAUGCUUUAUUUUUACACGAUAUGAAAUCAUGGAAUCUCCGUAGUCUGUAUAAAGCCUUCAUUCGAAAAAAACGGAUAAAUGUUAGUACAGACUCGAAAUUGGAAAGAUGUCUAUCAACGUUAGACUUAACAGCUUUGGGUAUUGGAUCAACUCUUGGUGUCGGGGUUUACGUUAUGGCAGGAUCAGUCUCGAAGGAUAUUGCAGGACCUGCUGUUGUAAUCUCUUUCUUAAUAGCUGCUGUAGCAUCGAUAUUUGCUGGUCUCUGCUAUGCUGAAUUCGGAGCAAGAGUACCACGAGCUGGUUCCGCUUAUGUUUAUAGUUACGUGACAAUGGGUGAAUUUGUUGCCUUUCUAAUAGGUUGGACACUGAUAUUAGAAUAUGUGAUAGGUUCAGCUAGCGUGGUACGUGGUCUUAGCACUUACGUUGAUGCACUAUUCAAUAAUAGUAUGAGAAAUGCUUUCGAAUCGGCAGCUCCUAUAGAAGUUGAACACUUUUCUUCUUAUCCAGAUUUUUUCGCUUUCGGUAUCACCCUUAUGUUCUCUGCUGCCUUGGCAUUUGGUGCCAAAGAGUCAUCAACUGCAAAUAACUUUUUCACCUUAGUGAAUCUCUCUGUUGUUCUCUUCGUAAUCAUUGCUGGUUCUCUCAAAGCUGAUGUAAAUAAUUGGAAAACUCGACCAUCUUGUACCGAGUCAAGUUGCAAACACGGAACAGGAGGAUUCGCACCAUAUGGGAUAUCAGGUAUAAUUACAGGCGCGGCAACAUGUUUCUAUGGGUUCAUCGGUUUUGAUUGUGUUGCAACUACGGGUGAAGAAGCUAAAGAUCCACAAAGAUCAAUACCAAUAGCUAUUGUUGCAUCCUUAACUGUUGUCUUUCUCGCGUAUUUCGGAGUCUCAGCUGUACUUACUAUGGUUCUACCUUAUUAUGAACAAAAUCCCGACGCACCCUUUCCACAUUUAUUUGAAGUGAUUGGAUGGGAUUGGGCCAAAUGGAUAGUCAGCAUUGGAGCAAUUUGUGGAUUAUGCGCAAGUUUGUUAGGGGCAAUGUUUCCAUUGCCAAGAAUAAUUUACGCAAUGGCGUCCGACGGUUUGAUAUUCAAAUGGAUGGGAAAAGUAAGUUCAAGAUUUCAUACACCAAUUAUGGGCACUUUUUCAGCAGGUAUUCUUACAGGAGUUUUAGCAGCAAUAUUUGAGCUUACUCAAUUGUUAAAUAUGAUGAGUAUAGGAACACUACUUGCUUAUUCAAUAGUUGCCGCUUGUGUUCUUAUAUUACGAUACGAAGAAAGUGAGGCGUAUGAGAAAAAAGGUGAUCGUGAUCCAAGGACUGUGAAGUUUAUCGUUAAGCAGCUAAUUAAUGCAAAUAGAUUAGAUCAUUCUACAAAAUUAACUGGACAACUAGUCACUUGUCUCGUUUUUUGUUACUUUAUACUUUGCAUUUGCAUUACGGCAAUGAUAUCAAAAUGUUCCCAAGAAAUUGUCACUGGUAAAGCACUUUACGUUGUACCAAUAGUCAUACUAAUAGUUGCGUUAAUAUCAACACUAAUCUUUAUUUAUCGUCAACCAUCGUCAGACAAAAAACUUGCCUUUUCGGUACCUCUUGUCCCUUUUUUACCAGCAAUCAGUAUACUUAUUAAUAUUUAUCUUAUGAUGAUGUUAGAUAUAAUGACUUGGGUACGAUUUUUAAUAUGGAUGACUAUUGGUCUUGCAAUAUACUUUUUGUACGGAAUGUGGAACAGUAGCAAUAGAGAUAGAAAAUCUAAACAAGAGAAUAAUAAUAUCAAUGAAAUAGAACGAAAAAAUAGUAAUUGUAAUCGAAUUACGUGAUUUUAUUAGUGAAUAUAAUACUUUUCGACGACUUUUUUUGUAUUACGAGAUGCUUGCAAAAAUUCGUCACAUUUUUGAAUAUAUUUAUUUAAUUAUAUAUACAGCAGUUAAUACAUUAUAGACAUAUUUAUUAUCAUAAAAAUAUCUGCCGUCACUUUCUACAACAUACUGCCAUCAUUUUCAGAUAAUUUUUUAAUCCUAAUACUAAAAAACAAUACAUCUUUUGAAAUAACAAAAUUGUUGACUGAUUUUUUAACUUUCUCGUUAUUUAAUAAAUCGUCUAUCAUAUAAACAUUGUUGCAUUGAUUUAAAUAAAUGAAUUAUUUAAUGCAAUAAUGUCUGCUGAGUCAGCUGAAUGUGAACAAAUUAUAUAAUAUUUUUUUCUAAUCGUAACAAAAAUACGGAAUCUAGAAUUAUUGUAAAUACCCAUUGAUCAGUUGACGAGGGGAAUUUAUUUAGUUUUUAUUUAAAUAUUUCCGAUUGACUGUAACCAUGAAGAAACGGUUUAUGCAUUAACACGUUGACGUACACAUCUUUUACUAAAUUUAUCAAAAACACAUUCUUUUUUUUUCUAAUCUUCCUUCAUUGG